CCUAGACCCAGUAAUCCCCAGGAGGCAAAUGGGCGGGCAUAUGCGAGAAGAAUUGCCUGGUUAUAAAUGCCAAUAAACCGUGUUUGACCUUGUAAAUCCCGUCCGCCAUGAAAACCUCUCCUACUCCUUAACAAAUACCUCGCCUAAAAAUCAACUACCAAUCUCUUUCUUGAUUCGCCUUUGUUUCCUGAUCUGGGUUUCUGAUCUGAGUUGUCUGUCGGAGAAGCUCCGGUGUUUUGGUCCGCUGUGGUCUGACAUGGCGGACAAAGUUAAACAAAUCUUGGCCAAGCCGAUCCAAUUAGCCGACCAAGUGACGAAAGCGGCGGAUGAGGCUACCGGUUCGUACAAACAGGACUGCGCCGAGCUCAAGGCCAAGACGGAGAAGCUUGCGGCGCUGUUGCGGCAAGCGGCGCGGGCGAGCUCUGAGCUGUACGAGCGGCCCACGCGGCGGAUCGUUGAGGAAACGGAGCAGGUGCUGGAGAAAGCCCUGUCCAUGGUCCAGAAAUGUCGAGCUAAUGGCCUCAUGAAGCGCGUCUUUACCAUCAUACCCUCCGCGUCUUUCCGUAAACUCUUCUCUCAGUUGGAGAACUCAAUCGGCGACGUGUCGUGGCUGCUGCGUGUCUCCGCGCCGGCUGAAGAUCGCGGUGACGAGUAUCUGGGUCUGCCCCCAAUCGCCGCCAACGAACCGAUCCUCUGCCUCAUAUGGGAGCAUAUCGCAAUUCUCUAUACCGGGUCCCUCGAGGAUCGAUCCGAUGCGGCCGCCUCGCUCGUCUCGCUGGCGAGGGACAACGAUCGGUACGGCACGCUGAUCAUAGAGGAAGGCGGCGUGGGGCCGCUGCUGAAACUGGUGAAGGAAGGAAAGCCAGAUGGCCAAGAGAAUGCGGCCAGGGCAAUCGGGCUUCUGGGUCGCGACCCGGAAAGCGUGGAGCACAUGAUCCAUGCCGGUGUCUGCUCCGUUUUCGCCAAGGUCCUCAAAGAAGGUCCGAUGAAAGUUCAGGCCGUGGUGGCCUGGGCUGUGUCAGAGCUCGCCGCCCACCAUCCGACAUGCCAAGAUCUCUUUGCGCAGCACAAUAUCAUUCGCUUGCUCGUUAGUCACUUGGCAUUCGAGACAGUGCAGGAGCACAGCAAGUACGCCAUAGCCAGCAACAAGGCUACCUCCAUUCACGCCGUUGUAGUAGCCAACAACAACAACAAGAACAAGAACAAUCCUAACGCCAACACCAACAAUCUGAUCAAUUUGAUUGACGACGACGAUAAGCAGACUCAAGUCCAGAUUCCUCAUCCCAUGAAUCAUCAAACUCCUAAUCAGAUGCACAAUGUGGUUACUACUACCAUGGCCAUGAAGGCUGCUGGGUCCAAGCCGCCACUUUCCGACGAUGCUACGAACCAGGCUAGUCAUGAUAGCAAGAGCAAUUUCAGUAACCAGAAUGGCGUGAAGAACGUCAACUAUCUCCACCAUCAACAACAUUCAUCGUCUCUUUCUGGCGCCAACACUAAAGGCAGAGAACUCGAAGACCCUGCCACCAAGGCCAACAUGAAGGCAAUGGCAGCGAGAGCGCUCUGGCAACUCGCUAAAGAAAACGCACCCAUUUGCCGCAGCAUCACCGAAUCCAGAGCUUUACUCUGCUUUGCGGUUUUGCUGGAGAAAGGGACCGAACAAGUUCAAUUCAAUUCCGCCAUGGCAUUGAUGGAGAUCACAGCAGUAGCGGAGAAAGAUACUGAGUUGAGAAGGUCUGCGUUCAAGCCUAAUUCACCCGCGUGCAAAGCUGUGGUGGAUCAGCUCCUGAGAAUCAUCGAAAAAGCCGAUUCGGACUUGUUAAUUCCCUGCAUAAAAGCUAUUGGGAAUCUAGCAAGAACAUUCAGAGCAACAGAGACUAGAAUGAUCACUCCAUUGGUGAAACUUCUCGACGAGAGAGAGGCGCAUGUUUCCAGAGAAGCUGCAAUUGCACUCACAAAAUUUGCUUGCACGGACAACUACCUGCACCUCGACCACUCAAAGGCAAUCAUAAGCGCCGGCGGCGCAAAGCAUUUGAUCCAGCUUGUCUACUUCGGGGAACAAAUCGUGCUGGUCUCGGCUCUGGUUCUCCUUUCCUACAUUGCCCUUCAUGUGCCAGACAGCGAAGAGCUGGCGCAGGCCGAGGUGCUGACUGUUCUCGAAUGGGCAUCAAAGCAAUCUCACAUGACUCAGGAAGAGACAGUGGACACGUUGCUUCAAGAGGCCAAAAGCCGGCUGGAGCUUUAUCAGUCCAGAGGCUCAAGAGGAUUCCAUUGACUGUUGCGGUUCCUGA